ACUUUUGUGUUGUUUUGCAUCCUUGAAAUUGUCUACAGGGCUGUGUAUUUUGGCUAGAAAGUGGCUGGAAAGUCAGUUCCUUAUUUGACCCAGUGUUCAUAGUAACAUUAACAUCUGUGCUGUGGGCUGUGACUUGCUUUGCUCUAAAAACUGAGAAUUUUCAGUUGGGGAAUUUGUGGUUGAGAGACUCUUAAGGCCCCAUAAUUCAAAUAAGAUUGGGCAAGCAAGACUUCCACAAGGCGCAAGAGAGCCAGGAUGUUCCCGCGGCCACAAGUAGGGCAGCGCCUUGUGCAGUCCCCCUGGCGUUUGGCCCCUCUCCAUGAGCUGCUGGCUGUGGCACAUCUGGUGCCCGGUCUUCCCCUCCCUCCUCCAGUAGAAGCUUCCCAGGUCUCCGCCUCUGCCGUGGUCUCAGCAAGUGGAAGCUCUUUGUGCCUUCACUGGCUUUCUGAACAGCGAGUCCACAAGGCGCAGCUUCCUCCUGGUGUGUGCUGAUUCUUGACACUUCCUCGGGAAACAGAAUGCCUGUCCGAGGCCGCUGGUCUCAGCAGCAGGAAACAGCAGAGUGUUAGGGGCAGGGACGGAGGGGAUGUUGGAAGGCAGGCAUCUCUAGUGGCCUGUCAGUGCGUCCGAGGAGGAAGCCCCUGGUGCAGACUGCCUUCUCUCGUGUGACGCUUUUGACCUCAGGCUUGGUCUUACAGUCCCAACUCUGCCACUUCCACUUAGCACUGCUGCAAAGCAGGCCGAAGCCUUGGCCGUCCCCUGCCGCCUUCUUCCAGAGAAACCUCAGGGUCCCACCUACAAGAUGGUCCUUGAGACCCCAGCCCCUGUGGAAGAAGGCGUUCUCGGCCACUGCGGUGGGGGUACCCCUGCUCCUGGGAGUGCGGUAUUUCACAGCUGAGCCACAGGAGAGGAGGAGGAUGCGACUCACGGUGGACGGCAUCGGGCGCUUCAGCAGGUCUUUGAGGGUCGGCCUGCAGAUCUCCCUGGACUACUGGUGGUGCACAAAUGUCGUCCUGCGAGGGGUAGAAGAGAACAGCCCGGGGUACCUGGAGGUGAUGUCUGCGUGUCACCAGCGGGCAGCCGACGCCCUGGUGGCUGGGGCCAUCAGCAAUGGGGGCCUUUAUGUGAAGCUGGGCCAGGGGCUAUGCUCCUUUAACCACCUGCUGCCCCCCGAGUACAUCAAGACGUUGCGGGUGCUGGAGGACAGGGCUCUCACACGUGGCUUUCAGGAGGUGGACGAGCUAUUCCUUGAGGACUUCCAGGCCCCACCCCACGAGCUCUUCCAGGAGUUUGACUACCAGCCCGUCGCCGCAGCGAGCCUGGCCCAGGUGCACCGCGCCACCCUGCACGAUGGCACUGCUGUGGCCGUGAAGGUGCAGUACAUCGACCUGCGGGACCGCUUCGACGGCGACAUCCACACCCUGGAGCUCCUGCUCCGGCUCGUGGAGCUCAUGCACCCCAGCUUCGGCUUCAGCUGGGUCCUGCAGGACCUGAAGGGGACCCUGGCCCAGGAGCUGGACUUUGAGAACGAGGGCCGCAACGCUGAGCGUUGUGCGCAGGAGCUGCAGCACUUCCGCUACGUGGUGGUGCCCCGCGUGCACUGGGACACAUCUAGCAAGGUGGGCUGGGCCCCUCCCGGGCGGGGGUGCUCGGACCUGCUGAGCUCAGGCUCCUGUUCUCCCCCAGCGUGUGCUGACUGCGGAAUUCUGCGAGGGCUGCAAGGUCAACGACGUGGAGGCCAUCAAGACCAUGGGGCUGGCGGUGCAGGACGUGCGUGCUGUGCCUGGGGGGAGGGGUACCCAGGCUGGGGGCGGGGUGCCCACGUGCCAGGUGACAGCAGCCCACCUGCCCCGCCCCAGGUCGCAGCGAAGCUGAUCCAGGCUUUCGCCGAGCAGAUAUUUUAUACGGGCUUCAUCCACUCCGACCCCCACCCUGGCAACAUUCUGGUGCGGAAAGGCCCGGAUGGGAAGGCCGAGCUGGUGCUGCUGGACCACGGGCUGUACCAGUUUCUGGAUGAGAAGGACCGGUCCGCCCUUUGCCAGCUGUGGAGAGCCAUCAUUCUGAGGGACGAGGCUGCCAUGAAGACACACGCAGCCGCACUCGGUGUGCAAGGUGAGGCCGGGGGCAGGUGUGAGGCAUGUAGGGUGCGCAGCCCUGGCUCAGGCCCCCCCCCAGACUACUUCCUGUUCUCCGAGGUGCUUAUGCAGCGGCCUGUGCGCCUGGGGCAGCUGUGGCGCUCACACCUGCUGAGCCACAAGGAGGCGGCCUACAUGCAGGACAUGGCGCGGGAGCACUUCGAGGACAUCAUGGCUGUGCUCAAGGCCCUGCCGCGCUCCAUGCUACUUGUGCUGCGCAAUGUCAACACCGUGCGCGCCAUCAACACUGCCCUGGGUGCCCCUGUUGACCGCUACUUCCUCAUGGCCAAGAGUGCGGUCAGGGGCUGGAGCCGCCUGGUGGAUGCAGGAUACCAGAAUGUCUACGGUGCCAGUGUUCUGCGCCACAUCAGGGUCGUGUGGGAGACCUUCAAGUUUGAAGUGGCCCUGAGGCUGGAGACCUUGUCGAUGCGGCUCACCGCCUUCCUGGUUCGAGUCCUGGUCCACCUGGGCCUCAUGCCCAAAACCGAAGGGCUGUUUGAGUACCUGGAGACCUAGGGAGCCUGGGACAGGAGGACUGCAGAGCUCGCCGGGCCGCGGGCUGACUAGGCUGGCUGGGCCAGAGGCGUGGAUACCCAAGACCUGAGUGCACUGGAAUGACCGGGGCUGUGCAAUGACACAUGCUCUUUUCAAAUCAAA